AUGGUCCCGCCGCCGCCCCCGCCGCUGCCGCUGCUACUGCUGCUGCUGCUGACGGGCGCGGCCGCGCGCCCCGCGCUGCCCCGGGCCAUGCGGCACUCCGACGGGACGUUCACCAGCGAGCUCAGCCGUCUGCGGGACAGCGCCCGGCUGCAGCGGCUGCUGCAGGGCCUGGUGGGGAAGCGCAGCGAUCAGGAAGCGGAGAACGGCACCGCCUGUCCCCAGCCCGCGGAGGGCGAGCUGUGCCUGCCGUUGUCCCAAGUGCCUGUCCGGCAGACCUGGACGCUCCUGCGGCCCCUCCUCGAGGCCGCCUGGGCUCCCGGGCAGCCUUCUGGCCCCCGGCCUGGGGUCAAGGCUUCAGAGUGGACUGAAGCCAGGAUCCAGUUCAGAUGA